CCUCACCCUCCUCCCACCGUCUGCCGUCACCCUUCUGCGGCGACGCUCGACGACGACAGCUCUCUGGGAACCAUGUCGGCCAACGCAACAUUCACGGAGCCCUGGACGGGCACGCUCACCCAGCUCGAGUGGCCCUCAAACCCUAGGUUGCUCCUGCUGGCGCUGAUCAAUAUACCCUUGAUUUCCAUUGUGCUCAACGUACUUUGGCAAUUGUUACCCCGCGACAAGUCGCAACCCCCGCUGGUCUGGCAUUGGAUUCCUUUCCUUGGAUCUGCUCCGGCCUACGGCCGCGACCCGAUUGCGUUCUUCAGGGAGUGCAGGGAGAAGUACGGCAAUGUUUUCACCUUCAUUCUCCUGGGCAGGCGCGUCACCGUCACGCUGGGACCUCAAGGCAACGACUUCGUUUUGGGCGGCAAGCACACCCAGCUCGCUGCGGAGCCUGUAUAUGGCCCCUUGACGACGCCCAUUUUCGGCAAGGAUGUCGUGUAUGACUGCCCCAACGAGAAGCUCAUGGAGCAGAAGAAGUUCGUUAAGGUUUCCCUGACCAUCGACAAGUUCCGCGCAUACGUCGGCAUGAUCGACGACGAGGUCAAGGACUACCUGAACACCGACGCGUCCUUCAAGGUCUACCAAAUGGACGACAUCAACGAGUGGGGCACCUUCCCCGUGCUCAAGUCUUUCGCCGAGAUGACUAUCUUGACGGCCUCGCGUACCCUCCAAGGCCGUGAGAUUCGUGAGAGCUUGACCAAGGACUACGCCCAGGUCUACUCCGACCUCGACCACGGUUUCACUCCCCUUCACUGGAUGAUCCCCGGCCUCCCGCUUCCCAGCUACCGCCGGAGAGAUGCUGCCCACACCAAGAUGAGCUCGUUCUACCAGUCAAUUCUUCGCAAGCGUCGUGAGAACCCUACUGAGAACCAGGAGGACGAUGUCAUGAACUCUCUCAUGAAGCAGCGCUACCGCGACGGCAAACAGCUCCCCGACCACGAGAUUGCGCACAUUCUGAUUGCUCUGCUCAUGGCCGGCCAGCACACGAGCUCUUCGUCCCUCGCCUGGGCUGUCCUCCACGUUGCGGCCCGUGCCGACAUCCAGGAAGCGCUGUACAAGGAACAGGUCCAGCACUUUGGUACGCCCGAUGGUGGCCUCCGUGACUUCGGCUACGACGAAAUCCGCGACCUUAACAUCCUCGACGCCGUCGUCCGCGAGACUCUCCGCCUCCACCCGCCAAUCCACAGCAUCAUGCGCAAGGCCAAUGUUGACAUCCCCGUUCCCGCUACCCUCGGCACUCCCUCCGAGAACUCGGUCUUCGUCGUGCCCAAGGGUGAUAUUGUCCUUGCAUCGCCGCUCAUCAGCCAGGUCGACCCCAGCGUUUGGGACGACUCGGAGUCUUGGGAGCCGACUCGGUGGUACGAUGAGAAGGGUGUUGCUGCCAAGGCGAACAAGGAGUACAACGAGGGCGAGAAGGUUGACUUCGGGUUCGGUCUCGUGAGCAAGGGCACGGUCAGCCCGUACCUGCCCUUCGGUGCCGGCCGUCAUCGUUGCAUUGGCGAGCAGUUUGCGUACCUGCAAAUCAGCACUGUCAUCUCGUCGCUCGUGCGCAGGAUGGAGUUCCGCUACGAGGGCACGUUCCCCGCGCCUGACUACUCGUCUAUGAUGGUGCAGCCCGUCCCGUGCCAGAUCCACUACCGCAGGAGGAAGUUUGAAUGAGCGAGGGGACAGAGUGAUAUACUCUAGACAGUUACGACCGCGACGUCGAAGUAUACUAGGCCUCGGUGCAUCUACCUAAUGUUAGCAAUUGCUUGAAUAUUCAUCAACGCUGC